AUGUAUUUGGAAAGUAAAAAUUCUCGCAAGCGAAGAAAGUCAUCGCAUUUUCUUGUUGUACAUUUUGAUAGUGAUCAGGAAAAUAAUAAUUCUGGUGGUUAUUCAUAUUCUGAUGAAGAUAAUUCUAUUACAUUUUCCAAGCAGCAAGUGAUUCGUCCAAAUCGACAUGGUUAUCAAGCACGUUUCAAUGAAAAUGAACGUAAGCCACCGCUUCCAAGAAGCUUAAAUGAUAUUUUACCAGGCACUUUACAGCAGCAUCCUCCAAAAUUAUCCGUUACCAGACAGUAUUCAACAAUUGAAAUGGCUAGAAGAAUUGCUGCGCAACGACGUUUAGGUAGCGGGAGCUUCAAAAUAUCACGUGAGGAACAUCAUGACAUUCAAAGGAGGAGACGAAGGAAAAAUCGUUUAGAACGUGAAGAACGUAAACGUGAGCGUCGACGUCAGGAACUCGAGUUCCAACGCAUGAAUGCUUACAAAGAAUAUUUAUGGCGCAGUGGUAGUGGUGUCAGACGAGACGAUUGA